AUGAAUGAGAAUGUUAAUACUGAAGAUAUAAUUGAAGAUGUGGAUAUGGAUGAAUCCAAAAGUUCAGAUGACUCUGAUAAUGAAGAACAAAAAAAGAGUGUUUAUUUACCAAGUAUUGAAAAAGGUCUUCAAGAGGGUGAAGAAUGGGAUUAUGAUCCAAGUGCCUAUAAACUUUAUUAUUCUUUUGAAACCAAUCAGCCUUGUAUGUCAUUUGAUAUAAUCAGAGAUACUCUUGGAGAAAAUAGAUGGAAUAUACCAGAAACAUGUUAUAUUGUUGCUGGAAGUUAUUCUGGAAAACCUAAAGAAAAUGAAAUUGUUGUGGCAAAGUUAACAAAUCUUCACGGUAACAAAAGUGCUGUUCCUAUGGAGGGUGACGAAGACGAUGAUGAAUUGUCUGAUGAUGAAGAUGAUAAUGAAACUCUUGGAAAAAAAGAUGCUGUUAUGCAUGCAGCCAUAAUUCCAUAUUUUGGUGGUAUAAAUAGGGUAAAAUCAACAUGUUUAGGAGGACAAUCUAAUAUUGUGGCUGUUUGGAAUGAAAAAGUAAAAGUACAAAUUUAUAAUCUUCAAAAUAGUAUUGCUGCUGUUGAAAAUUUAGAAGGUGCAGAGACAAAACAUGUUAAGAUGGAUAAGGAAAGACCUCUUCAUUCAAAUAUUUUACAUACAACUGAAGGUUAUGCAUUGGCAUGGAAUAAUAUUCGCCUUGGUACUUUAGCUUCUGCUGAUAAUCAUGGAAAAAUUUAUAUCACAGAUAUGCAUGAAGGUGGUAAAUUUGUAACAAAUUCAACUCCAUACAAAGGUCACAAAAGUUCUAUUGAAGACAUUGAAUGGUCUCCUACUGAGGAAUCUCUUUUUGUUACAGUUUCAUCAGAUCGUUCUAUUAGAUUAUGGGAUUCAAGAAUUUCAGGAAAAGAAGGAUGUGUUUGUGUUGUAGAAGAUAGUCAUUCAUCAGAUAUUAAUGUUUUAUCAUGGAAUAAGUAUGAGCCUUUAAUAGUUACUGGUGGUGAUGAUGCAAAUAUUAAAGUUUGGUCACUUCGAAUGCUUCAACAUAAGCAAUCAUUAGCAGAAUUUAAGUAUCAUAAAAGUCCAAUUACCUCACUUGAAUGGCAUCCAACAGAGUCAACAACAUUUAUGGCUAGUGGAGAAGACGAUCAAGUAACUAUUUGGGAUAUUGCUAUGGAGUCAGAUAUUGAUGUUGAUAAAAAAGAAGAAUCUCUUCCUGUUCCACCACAAUUAAUGUUUAUACAUAUGGGUCAGAAAGAAUUAAAAGAAGUUCAUUGGCAUAAACAAAUUCCAGGACUUGCUAUCACGACAGGCGCGGAACAACAGAAAAUAUUGCGAAGCGCACCACGCGUCACUUAUCAGUACGUUAAGAUGCGGCAAUAUAAACAAUGUUUUGAAGCGGUGUGUCGCAAAAGGGUCUUUCAAACCGCAUUUCACCAGUGUCAUAGAAGACAUAUAGUCUCUCUCUCUUUUUCCCCCCCUCAAAGUAUUAAAAUAUAUAACUAG